CGACGCGCGGAUCGCGACGGACGCGCGCGCACCUCGCGAACGCACGGAAUGCGGUGCUCGAGCGCGCCGCGCCGCGCGCCCGGCGCCGCGCGCGCGCGAACGACGCGCGCGGUUGCGGAUAAGACGCGGGCGCGCGCGACGGCGGCGACGACGGUCGGUGGGCGCGCGCGCGCGAGCGAUGCGCGCCGAGCGACGGUGACGCGGGCGAAGAGCGAGUCGGCGUCGUUCCCGUUCGUGAAGAUCGUGGCGCAGGAGGAGCUGAAGCUGGCGCUGACGCUGAACGUGGUGGAUAGCGCCAUCGGCGGGGUGCUCAUCAUGGGCGACCGCGGCACGGCGAAGAGCGUGUCGGUGCGCUCGCUCGUGCAGUUGCUGCCGGAGAUCGACGUGGUGAAGAAUGACCCGUUUAAUUCGUCGCCGACGAAUCCGGAGCUCAUGGGACCGGACGUGCGGGAGGCGUUUCAGAGAGGCGAGACGUUGGAGACGGCGAAGAUGCGCGUGCCGAUGGUGGAGGUGCCGCUCGGGACGACGGAGGAUCGCAUUUGUGGGACCAUCGACAUCGAAAAGGCGCUGAGCGAGGGUACGAAAGCGUACGAUCCCGGUUUGUUGGCGAAAGCGAACAGAGGUUUGCUGUACAUUGAUGAGGUGAACUUGUUGGACGAUUCGCUCGUGGACGUCGUCCUCGAUUCCGCCGCGGGCGGUUGGAACACUGUGGAGCGCGAAGGCAUCUCGUUGACCCACCCGGCGAAGUUUAUCAUGAUCGGUAGCGGCAACCCGGAGGAGGGUGAACUUCGUCCUCAGCUUCUCGAUCGUUUCGGGAUGGCGGUGAACAUCAGAACAAUCUUCGACAUGGAUCAACGUACGGAGUUGGUGAUGAACAAGUUGGCGUACGAGCGCGAUCCGAAGGGCUACACGGAGGAGUGUAGAGAAGAAACCGAAGCGUUGAAGGCGAAGAUUGUCGCCGCUCAAAAACUCUUGCCUUCGGUGACCAUGGAUCGUGAUUUUGCGUUGAAGAUUUCUGGCGUUUGCGCCUUGGUCAACGUUGACGGUUUGCGCGGGGACAUCGUAGUCACUCGCGCCGCCAAGGCUCUCGUCGCCUUCGAAGGUCGCACUGAAGUCACGAUGGAAGACAUCGCCCGCGUUAUCGGCCCCUGCCUGAGCCAUCGAUUGAGAAAGGACGUCACCGAUACCAUGGAUGGUGGAUUCAAGGUCACGCUCGCGUUUAACAAAAUCUUCAAGGGCAGCGCCAUGCUCAACUUUGACGAAACCAUGGCUGAAGGCAUCAAGGCGCCGGAGCCGGAAAAGCCGAAGGAAGCGGCGAAGCCGAAGGAAGAACCAAAGAAGAAGGCGGGGGCCUGGUCUGGGUUGCCCGGCGGACGUUGA